AUGGGUGAGGUCGCGCGGUACUCUCCAGUCAAGUUCGGGGACUCUAAAGAACAUAUGCCCACUCAAAUAAAGACGCACUCACCAAGGACUCACCACUGUCGCACUCACCAAGGACGCACUCACCACUGUCACACUCACCAAGGACGCACUCACCACUGUCGCACUCACCAAGGACGCACUCACCUAGGACGCACUCCCCAAGGACGCACUCACCACUGUCGCACUCAUCUAGGACGCACUCAUCUAGGACGCACUGACAAAGGACGCACUCACCUAGGACGCACUCACCAAGGACGCACUCACCUAGGACGCACUCACCUAGGACGCACUCACCAAGGACGCACUCACCACUGUCGCACUCACCUAGGACGCACUCACCAAGGACGCACUCACCACUGUCGCACUCAUCUAGGACGCACUCAUCUAGGACGCACUCACCAAGGAUGCACUCACCUAGGACGCACUCACCUAGGACGCACUCACCUAGGACGCACUCACCAAGGACGCACUCACCUAGGACGCACUCACCAAGGACGCACUCACCAAGGAUGCACUCACCUAGGAUGCACUCACCUAGGACACACUCACCAAGGAUGCACUCACCUAGGAAGCACUCACCAAGGACGCACUCACCAAGGACGCACUCACCUAGACGCACUCACCAAGGACACACCACUGUCGUACUCACCAAGAAUGCACUCACCUAGGACGCACUCACCAAGGACUCACCACUGUCGCACUCAUCUAGGACGCAUUCACCAAGGACGCACUCACCACUGUCGCACUCAUCUAGGACGCACUCACCAAUGUCGCACUCACCAAGGACACACUCACCUAGGACGCACUCACCAAUGUCGCACUCACCAAGGACACACUCACCUAGGACGCACUCACCAAUGUCGCACUCACCUAGGACACACCACUGUAGCACUCACCAAGGACACUCUCACCAAUGUCACACUUACCUAG